CGCUUUCGCGGUUCGGGUGCGUUCGGGUUCCGACUUCGGACGGGCAACGAAGGCGAGCGACUCCAGCGCUCUCUACCCGGCCGAGCCUAGCAUCUGGCCUGGCAGGCGUCAACAAGCCAAGCGAAGCGAAGCGUCAGCGUCCUGUUUCAGUCAGUGCCCAGUCCCAGUCCAGCUUACUGCACGGCGCGGAAAAGACGUGAUCAACGGACAUCGCAAACACCAUGAGUACUACUAGGUGUACAGUCAUCAGUGCCUUCUUUCCGGGUAGGGCUGGGCUGUCCUCGUCGAGGCCUGCCAAGGUCAAAAGCACUGCCGGCUUUGACGCGGUGCGCAGCGCUGGCAUUGGCCCUCCGAGGUCCGGCAAGUACUCCAAGUACGGCUGGUACGGCAACGUGCCGUUCGAUGCCUCGCAGCUCCAGCACCUGCUGCAAUCCAUGAGCCUGACCUGCUUCCCGGGCGAGGAAUCCGACGCUGCCAGCAGUGACGACUCGAGCGACGAUUCCAGCGACGAAUCGGUCGUUGAAGCAGAGGCUGCCACCCCGAAAUGCGACUCCGAGGAGGGCGCAGCAGGCUCGGUGAUGGAACCUGGCGUCACCAUCGAGUACGAACAUCCCAACCACGCCGAGUUUGUGGCCGCAGUGAAGCAGGCUCCUCGCAUCAAGAAGCUGCAGCUGCAGCAGUUGCACCGGUCCGAUGAUUUCGUGGCCAGAUGGAAGCCUGACAAGCACAUCGAGGCAGUUCUCAAGGCUCUGGAGGAAGGUCCGAGCCAUGUCGAGGAGUUGGAGGUCUACGACGCGCACUGGGCGCAGUGUUACGAGUACAGCGACCGCUUCGUGGAGCUGCUCAAGAAGUACAGUGGCACCUUGCGCUACCUCAGCAUCACGAACCGCGCGCUGGUGCAGCCCAACCGGAAGAACAAGAAGCAGACUGUGAUGAAGGUGGUGUCACGUAUGCCGCGCCUGGAGCAUCUCCAGCUUGUCUUUAUUGACCACAACUUGUAUUUCUACACGUACCGGGGCCAGUUCGCCAAAGCAAGCAGUGCAGCAUGCUUCCCUGCCCUCAAGAACCUUGAAGUACAUCUGCGGUUUGAAUGGUAUGAGCAACAGUUCUGCUAUGCGACGCUGCCACUCCGAGACCGAUACAUGGAAGACUACAAGUACACGACGUUGACUGGCGGACACAAGGAGGAGUUCCAGGAACCAAUGCUAGAAGACAUUCUGAGAAACAAGAAGGACAUCAUCAGCUACCUGGACAUGUCGGUCUUUGGGCCCACGACUUACCGUCUGCCCAUCAUCGACUGCUUUGCCGAUCUCACGGAGCUCCGCGGCAUCGGAGUCCGGGCGGAGUAUGUGGAAGUCACUGCCAAGAUGGUGCAUUUGGAGAAGAUCAACGUGCUGUUCCAUGAGACGUCCAAGGAGAAGGCGGCUGCUGCGGCAGCCUUCAUCAGGGGAGGGGGUGCGGCGGUGUGGUCGCGGGUCAAGACCCUCAACGUGGUGCCGACGCGCUACCGCGACGGCCGGCACCCCGCCUGCCCGGUGCGGACACACUGGCGCUGCGCUCUGCGGGCCGCGGCGGAACAGUGUAGCGAGCUGCGCCGCCUUGAGGUGGCGGGCGGCGACUGGAACGCCGACACCAUCUCCACCUUCCUGCGCAACAACGCCCAGACGCUGGAGGAGGUCCAGCUGACGGACUUCGAGGCGACCGACGAACACCUGGAGCUCCUGCUGGCCGUGCCCACACUGCGAAGCGCCAAGCUGAAGCGCCCCCCUCCGAAGGCAAGCGCCACGAAGAAGACCCGGAGGGGCAAGUCGAAGCGCGCCGCUCUGAAGGCAGACGCCGCGAAGGACGCCGCGGCAGUGCCGCCGUCGGAGUUGGAGAAGCGCGGAGUCGCUGUGGAGUGGCUGUAGUGGCAGCCGUUUUCACUGAACUACUCGGACUUGCGCCGUCGGGACCAUACUGUUAAUGCCCAGUGCCUUAGAAUUAUUAUAGUGUUAGUCUUUAGAAUUAAUAUCUUUCGGCGCAAUGUUCUGCUUCUAGACCAUGAUAAGGUUUUAUACUGUUCUUUUGUUUUAAUUUAGUACUAUUUCAGGGCUUGUUCCCUUUUAUGUGUGUGUAGCACUUCAACUUAAGAAGUCUUUGUUUGCACCGUAAUAGUUACCACUUUUUUUAACUUUAUGGACGCAGUUUCCGUAGGGUUACCUACAUAUCCUGCUUCGAACAAUAAAUGACUUUGGAAAA